AUGUCGAGCUUCGGAAAGCGCUCCUCUUCCUGGAUCGACCUGACAGGUUCGGACGAUGAGAACUCGGCGCCACAGCCCAAGCAGGCACGCGUCUCUGCUAGCCAGUCCGCCUCGGCAUCUCAGCCGCGACCCAGCCAAUCCUUGAAUGCUCGAGAUACAUGGGGUGAAGCUGAUGAAGAGGACGAGAUUCUCGAUCUCAGUCAAGAUGCUGACGAGGGAAAUGGAUGGGUUUGUGUAGGAGCCAUCGACGGUAAGAUUGUGGGGAUCCGUUAUUACGAUGGGUACGCAACGAUGGGGGAGCAGGUCAUGGUCAAGAGAGAACCGAGAAAUCCGUAUGAUUCUAAUGCGAUUAGAAUCAACAACGUCCAGGGAACUCAGAUUGGGCAUCUUCCGAGGAAUUUAGCCGCCAAGCUAGCUCCUUAUAUGGAUUCAAGGACUAUUGUCAUUGAAGGAGUGCUUGCUGGGGAGAAGGGGGGCUGGGAUUGUCCCAUAAACUUGAAGAUCUAUGGUCCUGGAGAGCGAAUCGCUCGCAAUCAGCUCGAAGCUAGGAUGAAGCAGGAUCGAGUGCCAAUCAGAAAACUAGGUAUAGCAGCACCAAAGCAACCCAAGCAAGCUGUUCCUCCUCCUCAGCGAAGACAAAUGGGGUAUCACAGCUCCCAAAGUUCUUCUCAGUCAGCCAGCAGCCAGCCUGAACCUCUCCCUGGACUUGGUAUCGAACAUUUCGUUGCGAACAGCGAGAGAUUUAACCCACGAGAUGUUGAGAAGAUGGUGGAGCAGUGGGGAGCCGGUGAAGAUGCUCUUAAGGCGAUGCCAUUCGCUGAGCAGCCCGAAGGACUGGUCUCAACUCUCCUUCCAUAUCAACGGCAGGGACUUGCUUGGUUGCUUGAGAAGGAGCAUCCUGUUCUUCCAGCACCUGGUUCUAUCGAUGUUGUCCAACUUUGGAAGCGAUCACAGCGCCAUGCCGGAUUUACGAAUCUAGCAACUCAAUACACCACUGCAGCGCCACCGGUCCUCGCAAAGGGUGGUAUUCUGGCCGACGACAUGGGACUCGGAAAGACUUUGCAGGUUAUCAGUCUCAUCCUGGAAGGCGGCCCAGGCACAACUCUCAUUGUUGCCCCAGUCAGUGUCAUGUCAAACUGGGUUCAACAAAUCGAGAGGCAUGUCAAGAAGGAACGAAAUAUGAAGGUAUUGACAUACCAUGGAAGCAACAGAAAGCGAAUGACCCACAGAGAAUUCGGAGAAUAUGAUGUUGUUGUCACCAGUUAUGGUACACUGGGCACAGAAUAUUCGUCAAAUGGCAAGACGGCGGAAAAGAUCCCUCGAAAAGACGGUCUCUUCUGUAUCAAUUGGGCUAGAGUUGUGCUUGAUGAAGGUCACAACAUACGCAAUCCCUCAACAAAGUCUGCCGUGGCAGCUACGAGCCUUCUGGCGACCGCCCGAUGGGUACUCACAGGUACUCCAAUUGUCAACACCAUCAAGGACCUGUAUUCAAUGCUCAAAUUCCUUGCUAUCACCGGGGGCUUGGAGCGUAUGGAGAUCUUCAACGCUAUUCUCACCCGACGACUUGCUGUUGGCGAUCCUGGAGCUGAAGCUAUCCUUCAGUCUGUCAUGCGGACUUGGACUUUGCGCAGAAAGAAGGACAUGAAGUUCGUUGACUUGAAGUUACCAGAACUCUCUGAGUAUGUUCAUCGUAUUACGUUCCGAAACGAUGAGAGGGAGAAAUACGAAGCCCUGCAAGCCGAGGCAAAAGGCAUGGUCAAGCAAUUCCAAGCUGGAAAGUCAAAGAAUGGCCUCGACAUGUAUCGACAUGUCCUCGAAGUUCUUCUUCGGAUGCGACAAGUUUGCUGUCACUGGAAAUUGUGUGGCACACGGGUGACUGACUUACUUCCCCUCAUCGGGUCCGGCGAGGUUGUUGCCUUGACAAAAGAGAAUCGUGCUGCUCUCCAACUUCUGCUCCAGCUCGAUAUCGACAGCCGGGAGGACUGCCCAAUCUGUCUGGAGGAAUUACACAACCCUGUCAUCACCGCAUGCAAGCAUAUCUUCGGCCGAGAAUGUAUCGAGAAGACCAUCCAGUUGCAGAACAAAUGCCCGAUGUGUCGUGCUGAACUUGCGGACACCGACUGCCUGGUACAUCCUGCGGUGGAAGAAAAGGCUGAAGAAGAUCCGGACCUUGACGUCGAGACCAAGAGCAGCAAGACCGAGGCUCUGAUGAGUAUCUUGACCGCCAGCCGACGAGAUCCCAAGUCAAAGGUUGUGAUCUUCUCUCAAUGGACGAGUUUCCUGAACAUCAUCCAGCAUCAACUGACCGAAGCUGGCAUGAAAUAUUGUCGUAUUGAUGGCUCGGUGUCAGCUCAAGCAAGGGACGCUAGUAUAACAGCCCUCGAAUCCGACCCUGACACUCGUAUAUUGCUCGCAUCCCUCUCUGUUUGCAGCGUUGGCCUGAACCUCGUUUCGGCGGACACGGUCAUCCUGGCUGAUUCUUGGUGGGCUCCGGCAAUUGAAGAUCAAGCCGUUGAUCGAGUUCAUCGACUAGGACAAACCAGACCUUGCACGGUAUGGAGACUCAUUAUGGAAGACAGCAUCGAAGAGCGAGUUCUUACGAUCCAGGCUGAGAAGCGCAAGCUGGUUGGAAAGGCGUUCCAGGAGAAAGAGAAAUCAGGCAAAGAAAAGACGACAAGAAUGGGCGACAUUCUAAAAUUACUCUCUUAG